AUGAAAGUACUCUCGGUAUUUUUCGUCAUUUGGACUCUUCUAUUAGCUCGAUCAACCAUAGUUGGUUUUGCCGUGGAUUAUUUCGAGUCGGAACCCUAUGAGGAAUCGUUGCUUACAACAGAAAACGGCACUAUUGUUGCCACCGAUGCGACUUCUACUGAAAUCAACAGUCGAUAUCGAGGCGUAGUUAUCACUAAUAACAAAAACCAUAUUGAUCUAUCGGAAUCGACGAUAGAUGAUAUUAUCGAAUUGAAUGUUGGUGGUCAACGAAUAACAACAUUUCGGUCAACUCUAACUGCUGUACCGAAUUCCAAGCUAGCCGCUCUUUUCGCUAAGAAUGUAUCCAAACCGAAGAGCAAACAUUUUUUUGAUUACAAUCCUGUUCUAUUUGGGCAUUUACUCGAUCAGUUACGAGCGAUCAAACGUGGUCCACAGGUGCCUGCGUAUGAACUUAACUUUGCUGCACCGAAUAGUAGCGUACCAUUUGAUUUCUCAACAAUGCUUGUGGAACUCGGCUUGAGUUCUGAUUACUUCUUAUAUCCAUCCAAGGGCGCUCAUUUAAAUUUAACAUUGAAGUCUCUCAUUGGGUGGAAACAAUGUUUUCGUGAAAAAUACGAUAAACCAUUCGAUAGUAAAGUUUUAACAGGACCGUGCAAAGGCAGACGACUUCUUGUUGCUUGCCGGUCGACGAAUGACACGCGAACGUUGAUUUUAGCUGGUGUGGGCAAACGAGAAGAUAUAUUUUUCCCAUGUUCACCCAAUUCGCACUGCAGAGUAGAAAAGAAAAACGGUACAGGUUUCUAUUACGCACAAGAUCAUGCAUGGGGAUUCGAGGGCGCUUUAAAUACUCUUCAAGAAGUACGCAACGAUCACGUGGAUUAUCGACAUAAUUUUGGCCUACAAGGAGGACUGGUGGGUUAUCGACAAAAUCAAGGCCUACAAGGAGGACUGAUUUUAAAUCCAUGUGACUCUAGUGACCAGAAUUCUGAAUAUCGACUUUGUUGGUCAUUGCGUUCGAUUUCUGACCGUGGUGGUGGAGAUCGAUGUGGAAGUUCGAAAAAUCUUCACAACACAAGACAAUGGGAACGUGUUAUUUACCAAACAGUUUAG